CUUCUUUGGUUUCUAUGAUGCAAAUGAGACGGUCUUGGAGAUGGAAGAGCAACUGCCCUCCCACCAGUCUGAGCUAUUCCUGCUGAGGCUGGUCUGCCUGAAGUCUCCCAGGAGAGAGGGGAAACCAGCCCGCAGAGUCUGGAGUCAAGGAGAAUCAUGGGGUCCCUGGCUGAGCUGUGCACUUUCUUAGGCGGAUUCUCAUUCCUCCUGCUGCUGAUGCCAAGCGAGGGGGUCAAGGUUGAAUCUCUCAAAGAGAGUCAGGGGGUGUGCUCCAAGCAGACGCUGGUGGUCCCUCUCCGCUACAACGAGUCCUACAGCCAACCGGUGUACAAGCCCUAUCUGACCCUGUGCGCUGGACGGCGCGUUUGCAGUACCUACAGGACCACCUACCGCGUGGCCUGGAGGGAGGUGAGGCGGGAGGUCCAGCAGACUCACGCCGUGUGCUGCCAGGGCUGGAAGAAGCGGCACCCGGGGGCGCUCACCUGUGAAGCCAUCUGCGCCAAGCCCUGCCUUAACGGAGGCGUCUGCGUAGGGCCAGACCAGUGCCAGUGCGCUCCCGGCUGGGGGGGAAAGCACUGUCACGUGGACGUGGAUGAAUGUAGGGCUAGCGUCACCCUCUGUUCGCACCACUGCCUCAACACGGCGGGCAGCUUCACCUGCAGCUGCCCCCGCGGCCUGGUGCUGGGCCCAGACGGUCGCACCUGUGCGGAGGGAUCCCGGGAACCCCCGACCGGCGCCAGCAUUCUCAACGUGGCCGUUCGGGAGGCGGAACCCGAGGAGCGCGCCCUGAGGCGGGAGAUUCGUGAGCUGCGAGGGCGCCUGGAUCGGCUGGAGCAGUGGGUGGGUCAGGCUGGGGCCUGGGUCCGAGCGGUGCUGCCCAUGCCACCUGAAGAACUGCUGCCCGAUCAGGUGGCCGAGCUAUGGGGCCGGGGCGACAGGAUCGAAUCUCUCAGCGACCAGGUCCUGCUGCUGGAGGAGAGGCUGGGCGCCUGCUCCUGUGAAGACAACAGCCUGGGCCCCCGCCUCAACCGCACAUGAGGAACCUCUGCAGCAUCCCUGCCCCCUAAUUUAUACUGAAACUGGACCCCUAAUUCUCUGAGACUGGCCAGCUGGGAAGCUGCCGAUAAGGCUGUCAGUCACGGAGAAGCAAGUGGAACUCUGGAGAGUUGAGUAAAGGGGGAGGUGGGUUGCUCUGGCCUGGCCUGGAGUAUUCUAGCUGGAGGCAGGUCCAGGUUGCCUCCACGAGGACCUCCUCUUCAACCUCUAACAAACGCAGCCAGAAAGCACCCAGAUAUCUCUCUCUUUAUUCUCAGUUUCUUGCUGUUAUCCAGAUAAUUAAUAAAAAUCAACCACGCAAAAAA